AUGUCGCCUGCUGCUUCCCAGUUGACUCAUCCCCACGUUCGCUCCAAUGGUGCCACCUAUGCCGACUCACUGUCCUCGCGCACGUCGUCUGUUCGGGGCUUCCACCUGCGCUCCAUGUCUGGCUCUUCAGAUGAGACGAUGGUCGAGUCUCCCGAGGAACGUAAUGUUAAAGUGGCAUCCAACAGGUUCAGGAUCAAGGCCCAAAGAUCCCUCAGCAUCCGCUCUGCAGCCACCGCCCCCAGUUUCCUCCGCCUGAAGCGUUCUUCGAACGUGGAUAGACCCCCUUCGCCUGCUCUGCCUUCUCCGGUCAUCGAUAGGCUCACGCGUCAGAGGGCCGACUCCACGACACGCAAGGCGCGGGAAACGACUCCAACUGUUCUUCCAGCUGCCCCCAUGGCUCCUGCUCAAAUGGUCCGCGUCAAGGAGCUAUCUUCAAUAACCCGUACCUCCCGCUCCCGCACCGAGUCGCACGGGUCUCCUAAGAUCGGCACACCUUCGAAGCUGAGGAGACCGAAGUCUUUCGCCGCCUUUGUUGACGUAGAGGUCGAGGAGGACUCCGAAGAGGACGAGGUGGCUAAAGAAACCAGACUUCUCGUUGCAGCGAUGAAUCGUAGAUGGAUCCUUCAGGAGUGCCAAUGUCCUUACGAUAAGCAACAGCUUAAAGCUUGUGUCAUGUAAACCCGCCCGGCACCGCGCAACUCUUCUGCACUGAAUUAUUCCUUUCGUUUCUUGUUCAUUUUUUUCUCCGUUUCAUCUUUCCUGCGCCACCUUGUAUUGACCACAAUCUUCAAGAGCCGGUUGCCGCCAGUAUGCCACUUAUGCUGUCUAUGCCAUCUAUGCCUAUCUAUGCUCAUCUAUGCCCUUAUGCCAACCCAGGCGGCGACCGCUCUAUAUCAUCACUUGAUCUCUUUUUCCCUGAUAUUCAAUUGUAUGUAUUACAUUCAUCUGUAGUUUUGUUGUCUGUAUUGUUUGACUGUAGUUCUGUAUCCCGAAUUGAAAUUGAUCAUUUGACC